AUGGAGGAUAUUUUAGCACCUGGUGAGGACACCAAGACUUGUCCCCGUGGUCACUGGACUCCUGCUGAGGAUGAAAAGCUCCUCCUACUUGUUAAACAGUAUGGUGCCCAGAACUGGAAUUCAAUUGCUGAAAACCUCCAAGGAAGAACAGGGAAAAGUUGCAGAUUAAGGUGGUGCAAUCAGCUUGAUCCUAGACUUAACAGAAAUCCAUUUACAGAAGAGGAAGAAGAGAGGCUGCUUAUAGCUCACCACAUUUAUGGGAACAGAUGGGCACACAUAGCCAAGCUCUUCCCAGGUCGAACUGACAAUGCUGUGAAGAAUCAAUGGCACGUUACAAUGUCACGAAAGCGAAGGGAGCAAUCUAAGAAGAGAAGCUUCGAUGACCUUCAUAGAGAUUCUAAAGGAACAAAAUCUCAUGACCCAUUAGUUAGCUCGAGAGUUGAUUUAGAGAAUGCACGAUCCUUUGACUUCAAUGACCUCAAUAGUGAAGAAAAUAGGUUUGCAUCACUUUGUCCCAAUGGUUCUUUGACAUUUAAAUUUGGAUGCAUGCCAUCUUUUGCGAACACUCUUCCUUUAGUGUAUUCAAUUGGUAAAGAAGGGAGUGAUCUUUUUAAGUACCUCUCAUCACAAAGCUCAGAAGCCUUUGACGGUUCCACCAAAUUCAUGACUCCUAAAGAUAAUAGCGUUGAUGAUGGAAGGAUGAAGAGCGAAUGUGAUGACUCAUCCGCAACCACAAAGUUGAAUGCUUCUUCUAUACUACAAGAACAAGCAGAUGAGUCCAGUAAUUUUGAACGGAAAGAAGUUACUUUCUUUGAUUUUCUUGGUGUUGGUGUCUCUUCGUCAUGA